AGGUUGAGAAUAAACAAUAUUUGAUCAUUAAAAAUAAAAAUGCGAGCUGCUGGUUUCCUUCUCUUCGUUCUGAUUGGUGGGACGAUCGGUCACUUGAUCCAGCCCCCGGUAUCUAGCGAGUGGGAUCAGGAGGAUCGGGAGGAUCUAAAUCUCGACAAAUCGCCGGAUGUAACGAAAAUCAGAAUGCAGGAUUUGUAUGGUCCAAUUCUAUUCGGAGGACGAUUUGGGCCACAUGUCAGUAAAUCUCGUGAUCUGUCUGGUUCGAUCAGAUUGAUCAAGAUGCUGGUCGACAUGGAGAACAUGAAGAACGGACGCCUCGACAAGGUCUCCAGCAUGUACAAGAAAUUGGCCGGUAUUUCUCAAGCAAAGAGAUUUGAGACCUCCACAAUCUGGCCAAAUCAGGCGGAUUUCUGAGAUGAUAGAACCAAACGCGGCAAUUGGAAACCAUCUGCGCACAAACCGUUUGCGCAUAAGCCCAUGCCGGUUUGGUUCUGGAAAAGGAAUUAUCAGCACAGUCCUGUUGUCCAAAAACCUUAUUUAAGGGUUUACUAGUUUUGCGAACGUUUUUAGAUUUAUUUCUGAACCUUUUAAAGUUUUUAUAGAGGCUGGGUAAUUAUCAUUUUUUGUGUGUGAGAUAUUAGUUUUAGAAUAGAGUCAUGUUUUAUAUGGUAUAAGCAAAAAACAGAACAGUUUUAAAUGGAGUUUCUCAAAACUACGUUAAAGAAAAUAGGUUCAAAAAUAGAAAAUUUGUUGUAAUUUCCAAAUUCUUUAAUAUUUCCAAACACUGAAUU